AUGCCGAAAUUGCUAGCAAAGACUCAGGAUGACAAGUCUGCCGCGCUGUUGACUAAAACAGAUAAAUCAACUAACAAUGCAAGAGCAGCUAAAUUUCGUGCUGAUACAAAUCCAUUUAGCGAGCGUCUCGAGGGUUUGUUAGACGUAAAUCGGAGCCAACUAUCUUCUAACUCAUACAAACUGAUGUCAAAGGACAAUAAGACUUUGCGUGAGAUUGGAGAGGAAGUCAACAUUCGCUCUCCCAUCAGACGGACAACAUCGCAUGACUAUUUUGGCUUUCCCGCUGUAACAGAUUCUUCUUUGAACUAUGGCAGCACUAUGCAAGGUAUCUCGAGUACUGAGGGACGUAAAGCUCCUGGUAUGAACCAUGUUUGGAACACGCCCGGGCGGGACGUCUUGACCGCUGAGGGCCAGCCAGCAUUAUUGCCAGAACGGAAUUAUUAUGACGAUUUCACAAGCGUAGACUGGGUCAAGGACUAUCUGUUCGACGUUCAGCAGCGAGAAAACCUUUAUAGACUAAAAGGACUUUCGGGAAAGGUCAGAAGGUGCUACAGCGCUUUACAAGACUGGGUGCUGAUCAUAGUGAUAGCUUUAGCUUGCUCUCUACUCGCAUUUGUGAUUGACAAAGCCGAGGAGCUUCUAGUGGAUUUGAAAAGAGGCUACUGCAAACCCAAUUUUUUGCUGAAUGAGCAGCAAUGCUGUAGUGGUUACACUUGCGCUAAAUGGACCUUAUGGCCCCAAGUGUUCCAGUCAUUUCAUGGAGGUUCUGUACGUGCUGAUUUUUUUGUCUAUGCAGUUUUAAGCUUGCUUUUGGCUUUGAUUGCUGGAAAAGUGACACUAACUACAAAAUACGUGAACCCGCUUGCCAAAAAAAUGGAUAAGAAAACCUUCAAAACAAUGUACCACGCGUAUGGUAGUGGUGUGCCAGAAGUGAAGACAAUUCUCUCUGGUUUUAUCAUUAGAAAGUUUUUGGGUACCUAUACACUCUUCUCCAAGAGCAUAGCAUUGAUCCUCGCCAUAGCCUCUGGUCUUUCGGUUGGGAAAGAAGGGCCAUACGUUCACCUUGCAACCUGUGUGGGCAAUAUUAUGAGCAGAUUUUUUGAAAAGUACAAAGUGAACGGUAUAGAGCGCCGUGUCAUGCUGUCUGCUUCGGCUGCCGUUGGUGUUACUUUAGCUUUCGGUUCCCCUCUUGGGGGAGUCAUGUUCUCCUUCGAAGAGGUGAGUUACUACCUACCUGGUAAUCAGCUAUUCAAAACUUUCUUCGCUGCUAUCAUGGCUAAUUUGUUCCUUCGUCUACUAGACCCUUAUGGAACAGGAAAGGCGGUGCUAUUCGAAGUCAAGUAUGCCUCUGAUUGGCAGACCACGGAACUAGUCCUUGCAAUUGUUAUUGGCGCUGCUGGCGGCGUCUUCGGGGCUCUAUUUUGCAAAUUUGUUUCCUUUUGGAGCAGCUGGUUUAGAACGAAGAACUUUGUUCGCGACAAACCACUUCGGGAGGUCGGAUUUAUCGCGGUCGUCACAGCAUUUUUGACAUUUUCAAACACGUAUACAAAUAUCUCCGUCGCGGAACUCCUCGCUAACCUAGCAUCUCCAUGCUACUCACCUGAAGACUUCACCGGUGCUAACGGGUUGUGCCCUAAUGAUAAAUUAAAAUUUCCCACGGAGCUUGUCCCGCUGUCAAUAGCGCUGGUCAUCAAAAUUCUUCUCACAAGCGUAACGUUCGGUAUAAAGGUACCAGCUGGUAUCUACGUGCCUUCAAUGGUAAUAGGAGCAUUGUUUGGAAGAAUUUUUGCCAUGACUUUUGACCACUUUGCCAAUCUCUACUCCAACUUUUCCUUGUUUUCCCAGAUCUGCAACAAGACCGCUACACCAGGAGUAUGUUUGGACCUAGGAAUAUAUGCAAUGAUAUCUGCAGGAGCGUUCAUGGCCGGAGUUACAAGGAUGAACUUGACACUGGCGGUUAUUAUUUUUGAACUGACUUCGUCCUACAAUUACGUCGUUCCUAUAUCCAUUGCAAUUGCAAUGUCCAACAUAGUAGCUCAUUUGAUAGAGCCGCAGUCUCUUUACGAGAUGCUAAUAAGGAGAAAUGACUUCCCAUUUCUGGAUAACCACAAGAUCAGAAACUUUGGUGGCCACGAGUUCGACUUGAAACACAUAGUAACGAAGGUAGGCCCUGAUAGCGAUAAUGCUUUUGUGAACUUGAAAAACUCAUGCUACUGUUCUUGUCUAUCUUUGAGAGAAAUGCUAAAUGAUCUUCAGGGAAAUGGUCUGGUUGAUGGGUGCUUGCCAAUCUUAAAGGACAACAAAUUGGCAGGAAUUUUGCCAGCACCAGACCUAGAAUUGGCAUUGGACAAACUGCAGCGCUUUUCGGAUGAAUACAUGAUGGACGGUAACUUUCAUGUAAGGCUCUUUGACGAGAUUCAAAAUUUUGGCAACACUGAGAUUUCAACCUCAACUUCUAGAGAUACGAAUGAAAUGGUGGGUAAUGCUUUUGAGAGUUCCAGUAGUAAGGAUAAAAUCGCCCUUCAAACGAUGCUCGACGUUCUUUGCGAUUUUCGUAAGAUUGUAGAGAGGUCGCCAUUGAUGCUCGACGUCAAAUCCCCUUUGUCACUUGUAGAACUAGUGUUCACCAAGUUAGGGAACCGGUCAGUUUCUGUUUUUGAUGAAGGGGAAUUUGUGGGAUUGCUUCACAAAAAGAGUUUUAUUGACUACUGCAGGGACAAGAAGAUUAUUUAG